GUAUUGGUUAUGGACAACUUAUUGGUGACUUUUCUGUGGCUACUUACUAUUGUACCCUUAUGGCGAUAUCUCUCUUCUAUUUGAUUCAGUCUUUCACAUCUGAUCUUCCUUGGACCGAGUGUAGAGAUGAAUGGAAAACCAACCCAUUUCUGCAGGGAAAAACAUGUGUUUCUUCAAAAUCUGUUAACGUUUCGAAUAAUAUUUCGGUCAGCUCAUCUGAGCUUUAUUUCAGGAUAGAGGUUCUAAGAGAAUCUCCCGAUAUAUCUGAAGGACUCGGAAUACCAGAUUGGCGUCUAGCCCUAUAUCUCUUAGCGUCAUGGAUAGUUACAUUUCUGAUUUGUUCAAAAGGUGUCAAGAGUUCGGGAAAAGUAUCAUAUUUUCUGGCGUUGUUUCCAUACAUUAUAUUAUUUUCUCUUCUGGUAAGAGCAACUACAUUGGAAGGAUCAGCGGAAGGCAUAGCUUUCUUUUUUUUGCCUCAAUGGGAAAAGUUGUUGGAAGCAAAAGUUUGGUAUGCUGCAAUAACACAAUGUAUGUUUUCACUGAAUAUUGGAUUUGGAACUGUUACUAUGUAUGCUUCUUACAACAGUUUUAGGCAUAAUACAUACCGUGAUGCGAUAAUAGUUUCCAUACUGGAUACGGGAACAUCAAUGUUAGCAGGAACCAUCAUAUUUGGAAUAUUGGGUAAUCUAGCACUGAAAUUAAAUGUGGAAAUCGAUAAAGUUGUAACUUCCGGCACAGGCUUAGCAUUCAUUUCAUACCCAGAAGCUAUAGCUAGGUUUGAAUCUGUACCUUGG